AUGUCAGUGAAAUACUCACUGGUUAUUGGUUGGGGUGCUGGGACUGGGAGAGCAAGACGUCGCCGCCUUGAUAGCGUUGACGAUGAAGACGACGAAGACGAAGACGAAGACGAAGACGAAGACGACGACGACGACGACGAUGACGACGACCAUGAUGAUGAUGAUGAUGAUGAUGAUGAUGAUGAGAAGGAUGAAGCUCCCCACGAUGUUACAGAAUACUGAGAGUAACUGUUUUCCAAAUAGUAAUUACCAGCCGCAGCUUUUAAAGAAAAUGCAAAUUUUGAUUAUGUUUCUUGGUAAAAAAAAAUUGUCCAAGAAGAUUUGGCAGUAUUCAACCGUAAUUAUCUGUAAUCGUAUCGUCGUGCACCUAAUAUCCAAAUCUGUAGAGUGCGGACUUAAAAGGAUAGCGUUUUUAAAUAAUAUUCCUCAAAGCCAAAAUUUCUCGUAAUUUCAAUUGUAUGGAAAACUCUUGACUUUAUGCGUUUUUGUACUUCUUAACUUCCAGGAGAUUGGGUAAACAAUUCAAGGGAACUAAGGAGUCGAGCAACAAACCGUAAGAGAGAAACUUAUUCUAAAACACCGAAUAAUCGAACUUCUGAAAAGGAAAAUGUGUCCGCUUUAACUUAACACAGAUUAAGAAAGAUGAACUUUAUAAGCAAGGUUCUGGAAGUUUUGUAAUUUGCUCUCUCUAUAACUAAACUUACUAUUUUGACAAUUCGGGUCGAGAUAUCCGACGUCACAGACACACACACUUUCCUUUGUUAGAUAAGGUUCACAGUAGCCGUGGUUUUUACAGUCCGGACAUCCUCUGGCCUUGCUNAACUGUUUUCCAAAUAGUAAUUACCAGCCGCAGCUUUUAAAGAAAAUGCAAAUUUUGAUUAUGUUUCUUGGUAAAAAAAAAUUGUCCAAGAAGAUUUGGCAGUAUUCAACCGUAAUUAUCUGUAAUCGUAUCGUCGUGCACCUAAUAUCCAAAUCUGUAGAGUGCGGACUUAAAAGGAUAGCGUUUUUAAAUAAUAUUCCUCAAAGCCAAAAUUUCUCGUAAUUUCAAUUGUAUGGAAAACUCUUGACUUUAUGCGUUUUUGUACUUCUUAACUUCCAGGAGAUUGGGUAAACAAUUCAAGGGAACUAAGGAGUCGAGCAACAAACCGUAAGAGAGAAACUUAUUCUAAAACACCGAAUAAUCGAACUUCUGAAAAGGAAAAUGUGUCCGCUUUAACUUAACACAGAUUAAGAAAGAUGAACUUUAUAAGCAAGGUUCUGGAAGUUUUGUAAUUUGCUCUCUCUAUAACUAAACUUACUAUUUUGACAAUUCGGGUCGAGAUAUCCGACGUCACAGACACACACACUUUCCUUUGUUAGAUAAGGUUCACAGUAGCCGUGGUUUUUACAGUCCGGACAUCCUCUGGCCUUGCUGCAGCCCUCAGGCGAAUUUACCACCUUCAGUGGUGUUUUGAGGUCGUACAUGUGGGCAUUGUUGGUUAUUUUUCGUAUACAGCCAUUGAAACCUGUAUAGUUGAGAUUAGGAUAAGCAAGGCCAGGAUUUUCUACACCUCCGAUCUGAAGUGGCCAAAGACUGUUCAAGUAACUGAAAGAAGAAAGUAA